AGAACACCGUUAUCGAACAGUUGAUGCUCGCUGUCUCUGACAUCGGACCGAAGCACACUUCUUGUCAUCUUCGACAAAACCGGGUUGACGAAAUGAGCCACAACACCUUAAUGAACAGUUAUUGAAGAAGACAUACUAGGUGAAGUUGGGGAUGGCCAAACCCUGCAGCUUGGUGAAAACAAACCACCUGGUGAAGCCUGUAUCAGCCACGCGGGUUGCCGGCAGAUACCUCACUCACCAGCAGGGCCUGCCAUGUCUCCCCGUACCCCCCCUGCAGCAGACGUGUGAGCGUUACAUCACAGCGCUGGAGCCCAUCGUGGAGGUGGACGAGCUGAAACACACCAAAGAGUUGGUGCAGGAGUUUCAGAAGUCAGGGGGCGUCGGAGAGAAGCUGCAGAAAGGCCUGGAGGAGAGAGCGAAGAGCACUGAGAACUGGUUGUCAGAAUGGUGGGUACAGCUAGCUUAUCUGGAGUACCGACUGCCUGUGGUGGUCCACUCCAGUCCAGGGCUGGUCUUACCUCGCAUGAACUUCAGGGACAAACAAGGGCAGAUAAGGUUUGCUGCCAAACUGAUCGCAGGGGUUUUGGAUUUUAAGACCAUGAUUGACAAUGAGACCCUUCCCGUCGAGUACCUGGGAGGGAAAGCUCUGUGCAUGAAUCAAUAUUAUGAAGUGCUGUCGUCGUGUCGUGUCCCAGGGCUGAAGAGAGACAUGGUGGUGAACCACGCAAAGAGCACACCACCCCCCAAACACAUCAUAGUCGUACACAACUUCCAGUUCUUUGCUCUGGACGUGUACAACGCUGACGAUAGUCCGCUGACGGUGGAGCAGCUGUGCAGUCAGCUGGAGAGAAUCUGCAGCUCCUCGAAUCAGAACAUGGUGGAGCCUGUCGGCAUCCUGACCACCCAGCACCGUGACGCCUGGGGACAGGCCUAUGUCAACCUCAUCAAAGAUGCCACCAACAAAGCCUCCGUGUCUACCAUCCAGAGAAGCAUCUUUACCCUGUGUAUGGACGGAGUGAUGCCGCAGGAGUCCGAGCAGACAUACCGCAGUUCUGCUGCCAUCCAGAUGCUGCAUGGAGGAGGAAGCCGGUGGAACAGCGCCAACCGCUGGUUUGACAAGACCCUGCAGUUUAUCGUCGGGGAGGACGGGACAUGUGGUGCAAACUACGAGCACGCUCCAGCCGAAGGCCCGCCCAUCGUGGCCUUAAUCGACCAUGUCGUAGAAUACACGAGGAAGGAGAAGGACGAAGAAGUGCUGCAGCCUCCUGAGGAGCCGCUGCCCGGACCUCAGAAACUACACUUCAACAUCACACCAGAGGUCAAGAAGAGCAUCGAAGAAGCCAAGCAGAGCAUGAACACCCUAGCUCAGGACCUGGACAUGAAGGUCAUAGUGUUUGAACACUUUGGGAAAAAUGUCCCCAAGGUGCACAAGAUGAGUCCGGACGCCUUCAUCCAGAUGGCGCUGCAGCUGGCCUACUACAGGUUGUACCAGCGCUGCUGUGCCACGUACGAAAGCGCCUCCCUAAGGAUGUUUAGACUCGGUCGUACAGACACCAUACGAUCAGCAUCCAACGCUUCGGCUGCCUUCAUCAGAGCCUUUGAUGACAGCAGCAGACAGAACACUGAGAAGCUGGAGCUGAUGGAGAAGGCUGUUCAUGCUCACAGGUCCUACACCAACAUGGCCAUUAAUGGUCAGGCCAUAGACCGACACCUCCUGGGUCUGAGGAUGCAGGCCGUGGAGGAAAAACUGACUGUGCCUGAAAUCUUCAAAGACGCAGCCUAUGCUAAGGCUCUGCACUACCAGCUGUCAACUAGUCAGGUUCCAUCUAAGACGGACUGCGUCAUGUGCUUCGGUCCGGUUGUCCAAAACGGCUACGGCGUGUGCUACAACCCCAUGAAUGACCACAUCAAUUUCGCCCUGUCGUCUUUCAACACGUGCAAAGAGACGAACUCUGCGCAUCUGGCUCAGGCCGUGGAGAGCGCUCUGCUGGACAUGAGGGCUCUGCUGGAACAGACGCCACGGGCCAAACUGUGAAGCUCCUCCCUGAAGUCAUGUGACCUGACAGCAUCCUUCGACCGGCCAGGUCGAGCCUGUGCCACGCCGGCUUUGUGUCGUUGAGGAUUGUGCACUUUAAAUCAAGCUGCAGCGUCGUCAGUACAAUCUCUGGUUUUACUUCGUACAAACUCGGUUCAAACAGAAAUGAGUCGGUUAUUUAACACUAAUCAUGCGACUGGCUGUUAGAUAGUUUUUUCUAACGUGAAAAAAAGAUUCUGAAUCUUAAACAAUUUUACUGCUAAAGUACUAAUAUGGAAUACUGCAUUUAUGCAGUAAAUGUUGCCAGUGAGGUGAUUAAAAAUUAGCAUUUGGAGGCAAAAACGAGCCCCAAAACUAAAGCUGCACAUGGUCUUGUGAAGUAUUUUUGUUCUGUGGGCCAGUCUUUGUCACACUGUCCACAAACGAGCCUUGUCCUGGUGUGCACGUGUCCAGACAUGUGAUGGUACUCAUCAACUACUCAUGUGAAAGAGAUUCAAACACCAAGUUGUAUUCUGUUUUUAGCAUUCAAAAACACAGCUGGGAAAACCCCUGGGUAUUCUUUGGAAAGACCAUACCACCCACCUCCUUGUAAUCUGUCAAUGAAAACAAACUGUGUACAAACCACUGAAUGGAACUCUAAAAAAGAUCUCUAAAAAUGAAAGAUGAGGGAAAAAUCGACCAGGAGUUGGAGAGAACCACCAUCUUUGUGUAAUGUAACCAAACCUCAAAACCUCAAAAAGGGUUCAAGAUUGGGAAGCAGCCGUGUUGGUUUUUCUGGAGACCGCUAUAAACUUCACCUCCUGCAGGUGUCGCUACAUUGCGUUUGAUUGACCACUAGAACCGACCGUUGGGAUGUAUUCUGAGUAAUUUUGGCAAAUUACAUAAAGAAUAACAAUGGUGGAAACGUUGACUAUUUUAGAAUAUGUUCUGCUCCUGCUGGGCUGAAGUGGUAUUGCAUGUGAUGAAGGCAUUUCUGUGCUGCUCCUUCAAUUUAGACAAAUGGGUUUUAUGUACAAUCAGUUCUUGCAAAAGAGCAGUCAUUAUGCCAGUACAGACAGUAUGUAGCUGUAUGAUUCAUGGGAAAAACGUGGCGCUAACCAGGGAGCGAUAGUACUGGUUGAACAAAUUACUUGAAGCUUUUGGAGCAGAAGCUAAAGCUCCAACUUUAGCUCUCUCUCUCUCUCUCUCAUUCUCUCGCCCUCUUUCAGCAGUGUCAGUUUACUUACGGGCAAUAACAACGCUCCCUUCAACAGAAAUGGCUAAUUGAUGAAGUACAAGUAGAGUACUAACCCUGGACCUUGGACACGGGGUUUCACUUUGUCAAAAGGUUUAAUUAAUUACCAAUGUGCUAAAGAGGAAAAUUCUGGAAGAUGCGGAGAGUUUUAACAACGAACCUUAUUUUUAUAAUUUCAACGAAAGCGACUGUUCAGUUUUUAUUUUCAGCAUGUACAGGAAAACGGUUCAGAAUAUCUUGUAAGGCUUCAUAGAAGGUGCCAUUCUAUUCUUAAGGUCAGAUCAGUGUGACAUGUGUGUGUCUCAAAGUGCAGUUUGAAAAUGUUUUAUGUCUUUUUCCUUCACCUCUGCUGUGCCUUUCUUCUUCUGUCCAUCAGGGGUCACCAGUGUGAAAAUCAGAUAAAGUAUGUAUAUGUCCUUGUUUGUAAAAACUUUUAACCCACGAAGUAAGUCGUUAGAGUUGGUUUAAUUGAAGAUUGAUUCUAUAAAUGCACAAUUUACAGUCCUGCAA